GUCACAUUGACAGGUGUGGAGUUGCGUGUCGGCUCGGGUCAGUUUAGCGGGUAAAAGUCUCCCAGGCUGUGACAUGAAGAGCGCGUGAAGCUUCAGACUGACCGCGAGACCUUCAGCUCUGAGUGUCGGAGCGUCCUGACUGGCUGAGAUCCAGCUGGAGGCGGAGUCAGAGUGACAGGGCUGUGCAGUAGGAGGGACUUCCUCUGAGGAAGGACAAGAUGCUGCUGACUUCCUGCUCCGCCCCCUGCAGCUACACCUGGCUCUGGUGCCUCCUGAUGAUCCUGGCCGCUCCUCCAGCAGCUCUCGCGGGCGACCACACAGAGCCUUGCGCUGGUCGGGACUGCUCCACCUGUCAGUGUUUCCCAGCCAAAGGAGCGAGGGGUUCUCCAGGUCCUCUAGGGCGGCAGGGCCCUGAUGGGCCCCCAGGCUUUCCAGGCCCUCAGGGGCCUCCAGGAGAGAAGGGCUGGAGAGGAGGCGAAGGGCCGACAGGAGCUGCAGGACUGAAAGGAGGAUCGGGAAGUAUCGGUGUUCCUGGUUUUCUGGGUUUGGAUGGAGUCCCGGGUCACCCGGGUCCUGCUGGAGGUCCUGGUUUUCCAGGUCUGGACGGAUGUAACGGAACCAAAGGAGACAGAGGCGAACCAGGAUAUCCUGGAGAAUACGGUCGCAAUGGAGAACUGGGUAUGCCAGGACUGAAGGGAUUCCCAGGAGAUCCAGCGGUCUUCUUCAUACAGUACCCUGGAUUACCUGGAGACCCCGGGCUGGGUGGACUCACUGGUCUGAAGGGUGACCCGGGUUUCCCGGGUCUGGUGGGAGAUCAGGGUCCUUCAGGACCAGAUGGGAACAACGGUCUCCCUGGUCUGCCAGGUUCCAGGGGCCCACCUGGAGAAAAAGGACGAUCCCUCGCCGGACAGAAAGGAGACGAGGGGGAUCAGGGUCUUCAGGGGCCUCCAGGGCCGUUUGAGUACGUCGACCCUCCAGAAGACCUGUACAUCAAAGGAGAGAAGGGUCCUCGAGGUCCUACAGGUCCCUGUGGAGUUCAAGGACUUCCGGGUUUGGAUGCUCUCCCGGGGAUCAAAGGAGAGAAGGGGAUUCCUGGAUUUCCUGGACCCAGAGGGAUUACUGGAUACCCCGGGCUGACUGGAGUGAAAGGCUUCAAGGGGAUUCAAGGAAGUCCAGGUCUUCCAGGUCUGAUUGGACGAGAAGGCCCUAAGGGCAUGAUGGGAGAUCCAGGUGCUAAAGGCCUUCCUCAGGUCUUAGAUGUCACACACAUAGGGGACACUGGAAAACCCGGGGCCCCCGGCCAGAGAGGCCCUCCAGGAAACAUGGGUGUGAUGGGAAUGCACGGCCCCAAAGGAGAGCCUGGCGUAUCCAUACCUGGACCAGCAGGUGUCGUGGGACUGAGGGGACUCCCAGGAUCCAAAGGGAAUAAAGGAGAUCCGGGUGAGAUACUUAAAGAAGGGCCCACACCUGGAGAACCUGGAAAACCAGGACAACCUGGACCCAAAGGACUGAAAGGAGGGCCAGGAAUUCCAGGUACCUACUGUCUACCUGGGGCCCCAGGAGAGUCGGGAGAGCCAGGUGAACUGGGGCCCCCGGGUGCCCAGGGCUUCCUGGGGUAUAAAGGUAGUCCUGGCGACUGCUCUUGUGGCCCCCCAGUUGUAUUGAGGGGUAGCCCUGGCCUUGUAGGUGACCCUGGAUCUCAAGGGGUUCCAGGAAUCCCAGGGCCUCCAGGACUGAGAGGAGAGAAAGGUUUACCUGGAGAUGCAGGAGGGCCGGGACUGCCAGGUCUGCAUGGAAUUCCAGGUGUCAAAGGGUUCAAAGGUCGGAAGGGAGAUUUUGUUGUGGUGGAAAUUAAAGGUGAGAAAGGAAACAUGGGCCAGCAGGGCCUGGCAGGUAGACUAGGAUCCCCAGGGAGAAGAGGAUUCAACGGGCCCCCGGGAGACCCUGGAGAACCCGGACCCCAGGGUGAAAGUUUCCCUAGUUCCACUGGAGACAGAGGCUUCCCAGGGUCCUUAGGGCCAAAAGGACUACCAGGACCUUCAGGCCCCACAGGGCCAGGUGUAGUCGGGGCAAUAGGACUUCGAGGGGCCCCAGGAGAACCAGGACUUCCGGGAGUUCCCGGUUCCCCAGGGCCGCAGGGGGUUAAAGGUGACACUCUGCCUUGUUUGCCCAGAAACCCUGGUUCUCCAGGAGGGAAGGGAGACACUGGAGAUCCAGGUUUCACAGGGUUCCCAGGUCCUUCAGGUUUCCGAGGUGUUACUGGACCUGAAGGAGCUAAAGGAGACAAAGGAUUUUCUGGAGUUCCUGGACCACCUGGACAACAAGGACCUCAAGGUCUUAUUGGAGAUCCCGGAGAAGAAGGACCGGAAGGCUUGAGUUAUGAUGGAGAUCCAGGUUCUCCGGGGCUCCCAGGAUCUUCUGGACUGAGGGGUCCAGCAGGAGAAUCAGAUGUUGGACCUCCAGGACCCAUUGGCUUCCCAGGACCACUGGGUGCUCAGGGACCUAAAGGAGUUCCUGGCCCUAAUGGCAAUGACGGACUACCAGGAGUCCUGGGUCUGUCCGGGGGCCAAGGAUUGCAGGGCCAGAGAGGAAAGGAUGGGGCCCCAGGUAAACCUGGCUCCACUGGGCCCACACCUGACUACUGUGAUGCAGGAAAACCUGGUCCCAGUGGAUUACUUGGUCCUCAGGGACCGAUUGGACCCCCAGGUUUUUUGGGGCUGAAAGGUGACAUCGGGGAGGAGGGUCUUCCAGGUUUUGGCCCACAAGGCCCUGAAGGUAAACCAGGCAUUGCCGGUUUCCCUGGGAAACCAGGGCCACAGGGUCUUGCUGGUGGCACUGGAGACCCAGGACUACCAGGGCCUCAGGGUCCGAAAGGUCCGAUGGGGCCCUACGGUGAGGGUGGAGAGCCAGGGGCCCCUGGACUCUCAGGGGCCACUGGAGCCCCUGGGUGGACGGGGGAGAGAGGGGACAACGGACAAGAUGGAAGUCCAGGCUGUAAAGGAGUAAAAGGACAGAAAGGCUUUAAGGGGGCCCAGGGGCUUUCAGGAGAUACUGUUCCUAUCAUCAUCAAAGGACAAAAAGGAGAACCUGGACCUCCUGGCAUCGAUGGCUUUACUGGACCACCAGGACGUAAAGGUGUGCGAGGAGCUGCUGGUAAGCCAGGUUCUCCAGGUACCAAUGGACCACCUGGCAUUGUAGGUCCCCCAGGACCUUCAGGGCGCUACGGCAUACCAGGAAUUCCAGGACCACCUGGUCGUCCAGGACCUUCAGGAUUCAUCGGCUUUCCCGGACAACCCGGAAACCCAGGUGAUAUAGGAUGUCCGGGGCCACCUGGGAUUCCUGGUCAGAAAGGAUGUACUGGACACAGAGGUGAUAAAGGAGACUCUCUCAGUUGUUCUGGUCCACGUGGAGACAAGGGGCCUAAAGGAGACAUGGGGACCUUAGGACCCACUGGACCUCAAGGGGACCCUGGACGACCCGGUUUCAUUGGGGCUCCAGGACAGAAAGGUUGCAAAGGAGAUCCAGGCUUUCCAGGGGACCCGGGUCCACCAGGUGUGGAAGGCCCCUCAGGUCCAAGAGGUCUUUCAGGUCGUCCUGGUUUUCCCGGUAAUGCGGGUCCUGAUGGUCCUCCAGGACCGCAGGGUUGUCAGGGACUCCAAGGUCCUCCUGGACCACUGGGACUUCAUGGACUGGAUGGACUGAAAGGGGUGAAGGGGGACAUAGGGACCAGAGGUCUAGGUAAGCAGGGUCCUCAAGGUUGUAAUGGUAUUCCAGGGGACAAAGGUCCUCCAGGACCUCCAGGGCCAAAAGGUGUAUCCCAGCCCGGCCCACCAGGACCCAGAGGCGCGACAGGACCCAAAGGCCCUCCAGGUGCGAGUGGACCUUCAGGCAACCCAGGACAGGACUGUAACUGUCCAGUCGUAGGGCCUCCCGGAUAUCCUGGUUGUCGUGGCCCAGAUGGAGAUCCAGGGUGUCCUGGUGACAUGGGGGAUCCAGGUCUGAACCCUCCAGUACCUGGAGAUGAAGGAGACAACGGGAACAUGGGGUGCCAGGGGCCAGACGGCCCAAAGGGACUUCAAGGGCCUCUAGGCUGUCCAGGCAUCAACGGAAAACCAGGAGAGAAAGGGAUGCGGGGGGCUCUAGGUCUGAUGGGACUACCUGGUAAUCGGGGUCCAGUAGGCUGUACUGGUCCCAGUGGGCCCCCAGGACAAAAGGGGCCUGCAGGACUAGUGGGUCCAAAGGGGGAAAAAGGACGAGUCUACCCUUGUGUCAACCCUCCUCCUAGUCAAAAAGGAGCACCAGGAGCCCCUGGCCCCCCCGGUCAGCCUGGACCCCGUGGCCUCCCGGGAGAAAUCGGCUAUAAAGGACCCAAAGGAAAGAAGGGGGACUUUGGGGCUCUGGGACCAAUUGGCCGUGAGGGUCCCCCAGGUCCAAAUGGAGACAAAGGACAGCCUGGUCUGCCGGGUGAGAUGGGAGUAGUAGGAGCCAAAGGUGAUCCUGGUCCAAUGGGAGACCGUGGGCAUCCCGGACAAGAAAAACGGUUAAACUCUGGCUUCCUGUUGGUGUUGCACAGCCAAUCAAGUAGAGUUCCCACCUGUCCACUAAGAAUGAAGGUCCUGUGGGAUGGAUACAGUCUGCUGUACCUGGAGGGUCAGGAGAAGGCCCACACUCAGGACCUGGGUCAGGCAGGGUCGUGCAUGCGGGUCUUUUCCACCAUGCCAUUCGCCUCCUGUAACAUGGGAACCUGCUCUUACGCCAGUCGUAACGAUAAAUCCUAUUGGCUGUCGACAAUGGCGGCUCUCCCCAGUACUCCGGUGGGCGGAGCCGCCAUCGCAGACCACAUCAGCCGCUGCGUGGUCUGCGAAGCCCCCUCCUCACCCGUCGCACUGCACAGCCAGACCUCUAUCCUGCCAGACUGCCCCCCCAGCUGGAAAAGCCUGUGGACCGGAUACUCUUUCCUCAUGCACACAGGUGCAGGUGAUGAGGGCGGCGGCCAGUCUCUGACAUCAUCAGGAAGCUGUCUGACAGACUUCAGGACCCAGCCCUUCGUGGAGUGUCAGGGGCCUCGAGGAACCUGCCACUACUUCGCCAACAUCUACAGCUUCUGGCUGACCAGCAUGGAGAUGACCACGUCAACCUUCACCAUGCUGACCGAGGUCCAGCAGCAGAAGGAGAACAUCGGGAGGUGCAAAGUUUGCAUGAGGCUGUGAGGAGGAGGAGGAGCAGGAGCAGGAGGAGGAGCAGGAGGAGGAGAUGCUCCACCUCCUACAGAGAGGACGGUUUGUCAUUUUCAUCACAGACUCUGAUUCAUGAUUUCCGGAGCUUCUGGACCUCUUCACUAAAACCACAGUGAGCUCCUGGUUCUGUUUAAAUCCCAACAUCAGUCCUGAUAUGCCAAAUUUCUAAAGUUGAUCUCUGCACAUGAAAAAAAUCUUUGUUCUUCUAUUUGAUCUGAUUAUUUUCUAUUUGAAAUCUGACUUCUGUGUGAAAAGAAGCUGUUAGCAGCGAACUCGUGGAUGUUCAGAUGUUCUGAACGUUUAUUCUGGAUGACAUCAGAGAUGAUGAUGACAUGAUCAGGAAGUGAUGUCACACUGUGUUUCAUGUGCCACUUCCUGUAGUGACGGUCUGAAUUUAGAGUUAAGAUCCAUACCAACAACAUUUAUAUUAAAACAACUAAUUCAAGGAGUUUAUCGGCACAGAUGCAGCGAGCAGGUGGCUUCUAGUUCAUCAUAAAACAGUAAACACUGAGAAACAUCUGACACCAUCUUAAGCUCAGCUCAGAUCUUUGCAUGGACCGGAGAUUAAAACACGCUCAGAACAUGAACAAUGAACAAAGUAUUUUGACUCCAGCUGUUGGAUUAUCGUGAUAACAGUUUUUAAAUCGUAACUGACAUCAGCAGACAUCAAAAUACUACCUGCAGUAUUUGUAUCCUAAUUAUUUAUAUUCAGUGAAAAUAAAUGUAAGCAAACAAAAAAUAAAUAGUUCAAAUAAUAAAAUAAUAAAUUCACUUCUUAAUUUAGAUCUGAUCUUCCAGAACAGUGUUGAACAUUUAAUAUUUAAUAUUUAAACUGAAACAAACUUGAGUCAUCGUGUCUCAGGUCAGUCAUUUUCUGCCAAGUCGUCAGUAUGAAAUAUUUGAUACAAUGAACAGAUUCAUAGUUUUAACAGCAGAUCAGAGGAGGCCCGAUAACAGAACCCUGAGGAACCCCGCACGUUCUUACUGACGGCAUGUGAUGAUAAGUUACUCCGCCACGUUUUAAAUUUUUAUUACAUCUUUGAUGAUUCAGAUUAUUCUUGUGAAAAUUAGAUUCAUCUGUUCAGAUCUGUUGCGGUUUGUGUUUCCAGUCAGAAAUAAUGCAGCACAACAAGAAUCCAUCACUUAUUGAUUCAUGAUUGAUUUAUCAAUAAUCUGCGAGAGGAGCUGAUAUUCAUCAGUGUUUGAACACAAAUAUAACCACGUCAUAACUAUUGAUACCAAACAAAACUAAACAAAUAACUAAAUAAAAAGCUGAUUUAUUAUUUUUAAUUUCUCAAACUUGAUCCGAUCUUCCAUCAGGGAGCAUCGUGAAAACUUUGACUGACCUCGUGACCCGGUCCCGAGUGUGUGCUCGCUAACGGCUAAUGCUACACAGACGUAAUCGUUCAUGCUGGGAGGCUGUAUUUGAAUUGGUUAUGUUCUUGAGGAGCUGUGAACAUGUUUGACAUCAGAGCUCCUCCCUCUGCUCGAGCUGCAUCACCAGAACCAGACAGAACCAGGACCAGGACAGUCAGAACCGGAGCCUGACGUGUUUUUUCUUGUUUUUUUUGUGUUAUAAAUAAAGUUCACUUGAAUAUUUUUCUGUCUGAUAGUUUCACAUAAAAACAUAAAAACAGGAUGAACUGACUUCCUGUUCCUUUUUCAUUUCUGUUUAAGUUUCUCUUCCCGGUUCUAGUCCUGGUUCUGGUCCCGGUUCUGUAUUAUCACAUUGUGAUUUGUAUAUAUGUUUGAACUCGACCGACGUUUUUAUAUUUUUACUGUAAAUGUCAGAGUAUUUAUUUAGCUUGAAAUUCAUGUUGGUGCUAUUUGAUGUUUUAUUUGUUCAUUUUUUAUUUUAUUUUGGUAAACGAUGACAUGGUGAGACCCCGCCCCCUCUCCUACAAAAUAAGAGACAUUAACAGGCACGUGUUUGUCAGUAUGUCCCGCCCCCUCAACUGAACACACUGUGUGAUGUCAUAAGUGGUGAUGUCAUGGUGAUGUCAUAGAUAAACGGGUUUCUGAACACUUGAACUACAGCUCCCAUGAUGCUUCAGUCCUUGUUAAUCUGAGGUAAACAAGGUUCAGGAAGGACAAAAACAUGUGGGUGUGGCUUGGCGACAUCACUGUGUCAUCACUGUGUUUUUUUGUAUUUAAAUCUGUUGGUGAUAUUUUAAUCUCUGUAGAAAGAAACUUCUCACUAACACCUGAAACAUUUUACUCUGAGCGGACAAACCUUCAAUAAAUCGCAUCAAAGUUUCAGAGAGUUUUCGUCUUUGAGAAGCUCG